UCCACGGAGCUGAACCGGCGCAACGCGGAGAAGCUGAAGCAGACGGACGCGCGCAUUCUCAAGCUAACGGAGGAGCUGACGCGGCUGCGCGAGCUCAGCCGCAAGCGCCACCUGCCCGAGCGAGAGCUGCUCAACAACAAACUGAGCGCCGCCACGCACACGCUCGAGGAGAAGGAGAAGGAAAAUGAGGAACUGCGGCGGCGCCUGGGGGUGCUGGAGAAGGCCCUGAAGCAGCAGGUGCAGGCGGAGGUGGGGCGCCACCGGGCGACGGCCAAGAAGCUCUACAGCCUUCAGCUCGAACACCACAAGCUGGAGGAGCAGCUCAAGGAGAAGGAGCGCGACCUGGCCGCCCUGCAGCACUACAGUCGCAGUAGCAGAUGCGGCCGGAGCAGCACGGCCGGGGACGACAGCACGACCUCCACGACGGCCAACUCGUCCCGCUCGCCGUCGCUGUCGGCACGCCGCAAGUCGGGCUCCCGCCAGCGCAGCAGCGGCGCCUCGUCCGUUGCCACGUCCACAUCGGGCAUCGCGUCGGCGGGCGACGUGGGCAUCUCAGCCAGCGACUCUCGGGGCUCGCUAGCCCUCGAUGCGAGCAGCAGUCGGCUCCCUCCCAUCAGCGCGGAGUCCCGACGGAGGAAGGAAUCGUCAGGAGGGUCUCCGAGCGCGCCCCUCACCUCCCCAGAGCCGCCGCCUGAAGUCCCCACCAGGAGAGCUCGGCACAGAGCCCUCCCUAAGGAGAGUGCGGAGGAGCGGCGCACGGGGCGCAUCAGGCGGGGGCGGCGCUCCCCCCGACCCUCAACCGACGACGACUACUUGCAGACGCCCCGCUGCACGCCCACACCCAGCCCACACACCACGCCCGAGCCCCCUAGCCAGGGGGAAGGCGGGGGCAUGGAGCCACACAGGAUGAGGUGGGCGGGGAGGGGCGGCUAGGGCACAACGACCACAAGCGGCGCCAAAGGCUGGCUGCUUCCCUCCGCGACGCCCGCCGCCAGGAGAACGCUGACGCCGUCGCGGACGCCGCCGAGGAGCGCGAGCGGCAGGGGUCGUCGGCAGGGUCGUCGCCAGGGAGCAGCUGCAGGGAGGGGGGCUCGGCGGGGACGAGGGGCGAGUUCUCCCUGAUCGAGCACUACCCGCCGAGAGAGCGUCUCACCCUGAGCGGCUCCGACAGCGGCGGCAGCGGGAGCACACCACCUCCUACAGCUCCCCCGAGGGCUCCUCCGAGGGCGCCGACCGUGCUGUCCGAGGCGAAGGCGCCGGCGCAGCGAACUCGCCUCGACUCCCCUCUGGCGGGCGGUACCGUCGGCCGUCGCCACCACACUAUCACGGCCCACGACCUGCGCACGGUGUCUAGCCUCUCCAGGCUGGACUCGGCCAACCCGGCGAUGCCCAAGCGGGGCGCCAUCACGCCCUGAGUGCGCGGCGCACGAGGGCUGCGGCGCCGCGGGUCAAGUGGCACAAGCGCAGGGGCCUCCCUCUUAAUUCCUUCGCUUUCAAAGCCGGUGUACAUAUCCUGUGAAAUAUCCUGUCACUGCGAUGGCCAGGCCUUUGACCAUUGAGGUCAAACUUGAUUGUGAAAUAUACCGAACUGCUUUCUGGCAGUGCUAGUAACUUAGAGGGCUAGUAAACAGCAAUACGUGUUCUAGUCGGAUUUUUGCACAAAUGUUCCCGGCAUAUUUAUGAGGAUUUUCCAAGAAUAUGAAGUUAAAACAUCCAUCACACAAUUUUUUUUUUAUCUCUUUUUAGAGUCAAGUCACUGUUCUUCCUUCUUCGCAUUAAAAGGAGGAGUCAGAGAAAAAAUAACGGGCGGUUGAACGAAAAGGCUGAUCAGUUUUUGUAACUUCCGCACAUUAUCUAUCAUUUGAAAAGAUGAGAACAAGUAAAUUAUAUUCGAUUAGAACAAACUGGAAGUUACUCGAAGUAACAGUCCUUCCCCUUCUAGAAAGUUCUACUUGGAAUUGAGUUUUCUCUAAUUCUAGCAUAUAACGUUGAGGGUCCCCGAGCUCCGUUGCUUCUGCUUCGAAUUGGAAAACGGCUAAUUUAGUAGAAGCUUACUUCCCCGUCGGCGAUUUACUCGUUCCAAAUGUUACUCGAUAUGUUGAGAAAAUUGUAAUAAAUCCUUUACAGGUUG